GCUUUUUGCACAGUGUGCGGCAGCGCUGAGGGGGCUGCCUCCGAAGCAAAGGCAGCAUGAUCGUCCCCGAGGAGGAACUCCCUCCGAUGAGCGAGGUCGAGCGCAUGGCACGACGAGAACCCCCGGCCCAGUUCACGCAACCGGAGCACAAGCUCUACGCGCACCGGCCGCCGUCCGCUUUAUUAGUCAUGGUCUGUCGCGCGCGCGACUUGAUCAUGUGCGACUACAACUGGUUGACACGUACGGGUAGUAGCGACCCGACCGUAAAAUUACAGGUAGAAGGUAGGGACGAGGUCGAACAGACCUCGACCCAGUACAAGACGCUCACGCCGGAGUGGGACGAGGACUUCCUGCUGCCUUGCGAUGAUCCCGAGGAGACGCUACGAGUGACGGUGGAGGACUAUGACCGGUUUUCAGGUAAUGAUUUUAUGGGUUGUGUGCGCAUACCUCUGUCGGCGCUGAAGCACCGCCAGCUGGUGGUGAACACCUAUCGUUUAACUGAUACUAAAGGUAGAACGAAGAAGAAUAGGGGUACUAUUGAUCUACAGCUGAGAUGGGUCCAUUCCCCCGAGCAUGCUGUCGUCAUCGAUCACAAGUACGACGAGAAGGAGGCCUUUCCGGGUCGAGAGGCCAAUGCUGUUCGUAUAUUACUCAUAAGAGGUCGCAAGCUCCCGGCGAUGGACCGGAGAUUGUUCGGGAAGGAAGGUACCUCGGAUCCGAUGGUCACCUUCAGACUCAAAGAUAAGCAGUUGGAAAGUACCGUAAAAAACAAACAACUCUCGCCGGAGUGGCUGGAAUCCUUUGAGCUGAGAGCCGACGACCCCGACGACUCGAUCGUAGAAGUAAUUGUAGACGACUGGGAUCAACUCUCAGGGAACGACUGCAUGGGGAAAUGUUAUAUUGAUGUGAAAGAGCUUAAAAAUAGGAAGCUACAUCGGAGGUGGUACGCACUACUGCCACCUAACUCCAAAAAGCCGGACCAGGCCGAUGAAUCAGAUGUCAGUGAGUACUCCUCGGAGGGUGAAUAUGGGGCCGAGUUCAUGGAUCACGCUAAUAAAGCACCGUUAGGAAAGUUGGAGCUGGCUUGUAGGUGGUUAUACCUACCGGACUUCGACCUCCCGGUCCCCGACCAGAUGCUGCGAGAUACGUAUCCGCAUGAUAAGAUCAACGCGUUACAUAUAUAUCUGGUGCGAGGCACGCACCUCCCGGCCGUGGAUACGGAUAUUACUGGUAACAGAACGUCGGACCCUCUGGUGACUUUUGUGCUAGAGGAGGAACGUAAAAAUAGCAAGGUGAAGAAACGGACUUUGGAACCCUUCUGGAAGGAGUAUUUUGACGUGAGCGUCGAGGGCGACCUCGAGCCGCAGGUUUUGAGAAUUGUUUGUGAUGAUUGGGACCUGGUGAUUGUUCAGCGUCGAGAAUGGCGGUUCACGAGACUCACGAUAAACAACGCAGGUCGGCGGCAACGACUUCAUGGGCCAGUGCGCCGUUCCUCUCACAAAACUGCUCGAUCGCCAAUUACAUCGGGACUGGUUCUGGCUCAUGGGCGAGGAUAACGAAGACGACCGGAGUCGGGGCAAGCUCGAUAUCGCCCUGAGAUUGUACCACAACCCCGAGUACGUCUUCGCGACGCCCGAGAUUUUACUGGAUACGACGAACCGAGCGGAUAGAGAUGCCAAUUGUUUGUUAGUUCAUGUGAUUCGCGCGAGGGGUCUGCCCGUCAUGGACCCCUCGAUCCUGGGCGCGGGUGGCUCCGCGGACCCCAUGAUACGCCUGCAUUUGUCGGGAGAGCGGGAAAAGACGCUCAUCAAGAGAAAAACGCUGGCCCCGGUCUGGGAGGAGACCUUCUCCCUCAAAUGCGACUUCCCUUCAGAGGUCUUGGAGCUCACGCUGUGGGACUUCGACGUGACGUCGGCCAAUGACGAGAUCGGGGCCGUUUAUGUUCCUGUGGGUUCGUUACAAGACCGGCAAUUGCAUCGGGCAUGGUACCCCAUCGGUCCUGUAGCGUCGGAAGAUGGGUUGGUCGACAACCUCGAACCCUUAUCAAGACAUGCUUUGAAAUGCGGCGAGCUAGUCGUAUCUUCUAGAAGUGUAGUGGACGCGCAUGUGUCCGCCAUCGUGAACGCGGCCAAUGAGGGAUGCUUGGGUGGUGGCGGGGUCGACGGCGCGAUAACAAAGGCCGGCGGGGAGUUGCUGGCGGAGAAACGACUCGCGCUACCGGUCCAUCACAAUAAGCGAUGCAAGACGGGCGACGCCGUCGUUACUACCGGUGGACCCUUCGAUCAGUUGAAAUGCGAGUGCGUGAUUCAUGCCGUAGGGCCGGAUUACCGCCGACUACCUCCUGCUAAAGAUGAUGAGGACGACGACCUCGCUCGAGGCGAUCAAAUACUAAAAAAUGCCUACACCGCGGCCAUGAAGCGCGCCAAGGAGCAGAAGUGCAAGACUGUGGCCUUUUCGCUAUUGUCCGCGGGAAUCUUUCGGGGGAGGCAGUCGCUGGAUAACGUCCUUAGAUGCGCCGUGGAGGCCAUCGGUGAUGCGACUUAUCCUGGAUUACAAAGAGUGCAUCUCGUCGCAUUUAGCACCAAGGAGCAGGAAGCGCUGGCAAGAGUCAUAGAGUACCCUGAAAUAAAACGAGGGAGAUUGGAACUCGCACUCAGAUGGCGCUACGACAAGAACUUCUACUGGGAGGAGCCCGAGUCCAUGUUGCUACCCGAGAAAUUUCCUGACUUACUACCGAAUAGACUGGAUAUAUUUGUCAGUCGAGGGAAACACCUCCCAAUCAUGGACUGGGACCGGAAUAGUCCAUCGGGCGGUUCGUCGGAUGCGGUCUGCACGUUGACGAUAGAAGGCGACCAGAGAAAUACGUCUGUGAAACUCACUACUUUGAAUCCGACGUGGGCCGAAGCGUUUGAGUUUGAUGCCUUUGCUGGUGAAGUACUGAAAAUACAGUUGGACGACUGGGACGAGGACGGGAGUUUGGAUCGGAUCGGUGAUGUUCUGAUACCUAUAGCGUCCUUGGCGUCGCGCAAGAGUGAGAGGAGGUGGUACGCGAUACAACAUGAUGGACCUCUAUCCGAGGGCCAACCCACAAGGGGCUGGAUCGAAGUGGCGGGGAGGUGGUCCCACGACCCGGAACGAGCUUGUGACUUACCGGGAGAGUUGGGCGAGGACAAACCUAGAUAUAAGUUGAGGCCGAACAAGCUGCUAUUUUAUUUGAUACGAGCGCGAGGGCUGAUGGCGGCCGAUCUUGGCAGUGAUACGCAAAGACCGUCGUCGGACCCCGCCGCUAUCCUCACCAUACCGUACCACCCCCAAACGAACUGGGAGAGUGCGGCGCGGUGGACGACGCUGGUCCCGACGUGGUGCGAACUGUUCGAAUUCGAGCAGUUGGACGACCUGGGCUUUCCGCUGACUUUAACGGUCGUGGACAAGGACGAGGGCGUGGACGACGACGACGAUGUAUUGGGGGAGGUUUCGUUUGACCUGGAACGGUUAGCUGACAGGAAGACGGUCCGGGGCUGGUACCCCCUACUUCCACAUAUCGAUGCCGAUGAGUACUGGCAGCGACGGUGGCAGGCGGAGCGGGAAGAUCAAUCACCUAGAGCUGGAGAAUUAUGCUUAGCAAGGGCUAUUCAAGCCUUCAUACCUGAAGGUAAAGAAGAUGAUGCGUCUUUUCUGAAAGAGAUGGGCAUGGAGGAGCAUGCAACUGUCGUCGUUCUGAAGGAUGAACUUGUCGGCGAGGGCUGGAUCUUCGCUCUGCGUGAUAAUGAUGCGGGAUAUGUACCUAGACAUUACUUGACGCCACAAGAUUAUCUGGGGAAGGUUGAAGUGGCUUUACGAUGGGUCCACGACCCGUUGCAGGUGGAACCUUUGCCCUACACGUUCCUCCACCCUAAGGAUAUAGAUAAGCCGGUCAAUGCUAUACGAGUACGUAUCUUCAAGUGUCGCUCGGCCGUGAAAGCACCUGCUACACUACGCUGCGACGUCUGGCUGGAUCGGUAUGGUGAAGUGGCGCACAAGCAUGCCACGAAAUCAUCAACACGUGUCCAAGGCACGCGCUUCACGACCUGGGGCGACGACUUUUUGUUACCGCUCGACGAGUCCGACCCUUCCGCAAUCGUCUUUCAUGUGCGCGGGGCCCAACCAAAGGUCUACGAGUCCUCGGAGGAGGACGAGUAUGAAGAUUUACAGAGCGUUGAGGAGGAGGAAGAUGUGGGCGAGAGCGUCGGGCAGCUACAGAUCCCUUAUGAAAAUCUGAAACGAUGUAUCGUACGGGACUGGUACCCCCUCUCCAGUAAUGAUGACGACGCGAAGAUCAAAGCGCUGAAGGAAGCCAAGGCGUCAAUGUCUGUGGAGGAAUAUAAAGUUUUCAGCAAAGACCUGCUUGCAAAACAAGAGCUUGAAAUCGCUUGUCUAUUGGUCCACGAUUCGCGCGUCGAGUACGAAUCUGAUUUUAGGAAACAUGUGCAAAAACUAAGAGCGCAAGAGGACGAGGAACGGGGCUAUACGGUUGCAGACCAGACGCAGCAUGAGGAUCGGUUUUAUUUGCGCUUCAAGUUCCAGGAAGGGAAUAGGAUUAGGGGCGAGUUCGACUCCUACGCGCCGUUAUGCUCUAGAUGCUUGCUCAAGGACAAAUCAGUAUUUAACCAACCUCUGAACCACUACGACCCGUCAAUCAAGAAACAAGACCCCGCGGUCAUCCUUACUAAACCGGAUAGUGAGUGGUACGUGUAUGAGGUACCUUCUCACGUAGAAUUAGCACGAAAGUUCCACGCCCAUCAUAUGGAACGUAACCUCAAAGAGAACAUGAUGAGCUUCGCGCGCAAGUGCUUUAACUCAGGCUAUAGGGUCGAGGGGUCGAGCAUGGUGGAGGCCGACGAGGCGCACCUCGAGGCGGCCAUCGACAUGGGGAGGGACUUCGCGCUGUACUUAGAUGCAUCUAGAGAGUUUUUUGACGAGUGGGCCGAUGAUGUGUUUGACGUCUACACCAAGACCUACGAGGAGCCCUUCGAGAUCGACGGCGUGAAGUACGAUCCCAACGAGAACCCGCCGGACGAAGACGUACCCAUGGUCGUGAAAGGGGGCUGGGUGUCGGGCUUCGGGGACGAGCGACGGGCGUGGGAGAGGAUCGAGGCGGGGCAAAGGGAGCGGAAGUGGCGGGAGGAGAACCCGCAUGCGGACGCAAACGAGAUGUUCGAGAGAUACGAGGAGAAGUUUAGGAGGUGGAAUAUGGAAGAGGAGAACGACCCGGCGGCGAUCGAGCGCAGAGCUAAUGCGGCCGAGGAGAAGAGGAAAGAGGACAUGAUGAAGGGGAUGUGAUAAGUUGUUACUAAGA